CAAAGUCACUUUCUCUCGUGAAGUGAAGUGAGGAGUGUGAGUGUGAGAGCGCGAAGAUGGACGGAACCGAGAGCCACCGGCGAGGGGUCGCGAGCCAGGAGCCGGGAGUCGAGGACCGGAUGCUCGCGAGUUCAGACGAGAAGGGAAAUAAAGGAGGAGAUGACAGGGUGACACUGAAGAAGGAAAUAGGACUGAUGAGCGCCUGCGCCAUUAUCAUAGGUAACAUCAUUGGUUCGGGUAUCUUCAUCUCCCCUAAGGGCGUGUUGGAGCAUGCGGGCAGCGUGGGCUUCUCCCUGAUCGUCUGGGUGUGCGGGGGCGGUAUAUGCGCCCUGGGGUCCCUAUGCUACGCAGAGCUGGGGGUCACCAUCCCCAAAUCUGGAGGAGACUACUCGUACGUCACCGAGAUCUUCGGAGGACUCACCGGGUUCCUGCUGCUGUGGAGUGCGGUGCUCAUCAUGUAUCCCACUACUCUGGCUGUGAUCGCUCUCACCUUCUCCAACUACGUCCUCCAGCCGGCCUUCCCCAACUGCCUGCCUCCCUACGUAGCCACACGCCUGCUGUCAGCCACCUGCGUAUUGCUGCUGACGUGGGUUAACUGUUCGAGUGUGCGCUGGGCCACGAGGAUCCAGGACUUCUUCACCGUGGGCAAACUACUGGCACUGUGUCUGAUCAUCAUAGUGGGCAUGGUGCAGAUAGGACGCGGUUACUAUGAUGCGUUGCGUCCGUCGGCUGCGUUUGAGUUCAUUAGGGAGCCCUCUGCUGGCCAGAUUGCGCUAGCGUUCCUACAGGCCUCAUUCGCAUUCAGCGGCUGGAACUUCCUCAACUACGUCACUGAGGAGGUGGUGGAACCACGCAAGAAUCUGCCGCGUGCGAUCUACAUCUCCAUCCCGCUGGUGACUCUGGUCUACACGCUGACCAACAUCGCCUACUUCUCCUCCAUGACACCAGAGGAGCUGCUGGAGUCUAAUGCUGUGGCAGUGACGUUUGGUGAGAAGCUGCUGGGCAUGUUUUCCUGGGUGAUGCCGAUCUCUGUGGCCCUCUCCACAUUUGGAGGCAUCAACGGAUACCUGUUCACAUCCUCCAGGCUGUGCUUCUCGGGUGCUAGAGAGGGCCACCUGCCGUACCUGCUGGCCAUGAUCCACCUGAAGAACUGCACACCCAUACCUGCCCUGCUCGUCUGCUGUAGUGCCACCAUCCUGAUCCUGUGUAUCGGUGAGACUCACGACCUGAUCAACUACGUCUCUUUCAUCAACUAUCUGAGUUACGGCGUCACCAUCGCAGGAUUACUCUACUACCGAUACAAGAAACCCAAACUACUACGACCUAUUAAGGUUAACCUGCUGGUCCCGUGUGCGUACCUGCUGUUCUGGGCCGUGCUGCUGGUCUUCGCUCUCUGGUCGGAGCCCGUGGUGUGUGGCAUGGGGCUGGUCAUCAUGCUGACCGGGGUCCCCAUAUACUUUGUAGGAGUCUACUGGCAGAACAAACCACAAUGGAUACACUCUAUAGUGGAGGUGAUUACGUUUGCUGGUCAGCGUUUGUGUUACGUGGUGUUUCCUCAAGAGGAUCCGGAUAGCACCGCCCCCGUGGAGAUGGAGGAGAAAUCUGAACUGUGAUUGGAGGACAGAGCUGUGACAUCAGAGGCAUCAGAGUUCUGAUUGGACAAUAGAGGGCAGAUCUGGGCUCUGAUUGGCCAAGACUGACCCCGCCCGUUUUGUCUCACCCCUUCCCCUGAGCUGAACUGCUCCAACCUUUUUGACACACACACACACACACACACACACACACACACACACACACACACACACACACACACACACACACACACACACACACACACACACACACACACUCGGAGGAUACAAAUUAUGCACAAACACACACUGCUCAAAUACAGUAUAUAAACACACAAACAAACUAAUGCUGCUCAAACAAACACACACACAAACACACACACACACACACACACACACACACACACACACACACACACACACACACACACACACACACACACACACACACACACCCACAGUGGGAGGCCUGCUCUGCUCUCUACAGGGACAGACAGCUCCCUCCUCCUUGUUCUCUCUCUUCAUCCUUCUAUCUGUUCUCUGCACUCAUCCCUCUCUCUCUGCUUUACUAUUCGGGACUCUUCUCCUCUUCUCAUCCCUCUCUCUCUGCUUUACUAUUCGGGACUCUCCCCCUCCUCCUCUUCUUCUCCUCCCCCUCUUCUUCUUCUCACCCCUCUCUCUGCUUUUAUGCUCGGGACUCUCCUCCCCCUCCUCCUCUCCCCCUCCCCCUCUUCUUCUCCUCCUCCUCUUCUUCUCCUCCCCCUCUUCUUCUCAUCCCCCCUUCCCAUUUCUGUCUAUGCAAUUACUCUGUCCAUCCCUCCCCUCUCUCCUCAUCCCUCUCUCCUCAUCCCCCUC